ACUCUGACUUUUCGCGCAGGCACUGUGGCCAACCUCCAUUGGAUUUAAAGCGCAGCGUUUUUUUUUCGUAUCCAAGCAGAAUCGGACGUCACUCUGAAGGAAUCGGUAAUUAAUUGGCCAACGCGGAAAUAACAGCAAAGCUGCUAAUAAAAGCAGCCGUGGAACUAUCCAUCUUCCUGCGCAUGCUUUUCCACAACAAAAGCAUUAACAAGCCGGGCAGUUUACAUGCAAUACCAUUGCAAGAGGCUGCGAGGGGAUCGGAGGAGAUUUAUAAAGAAAGGAAAGCUGGAUGUCAGCCGGUCGGGUUAGAGGCAGAACCUGGAGCGACGCUAAGACAAAAAAUCUGACCUCGACCUUCCAGGACGCUGCGCGAAAGUGGUGGUUUUGAAAGAAAUGGCGAAAUUUCUCCCAUUUCCCCAUGCUGAUUCUCCAGCGCACAUGUUGCCCAGGCUGCUUGUGCUGCUGAACAUGAGGAUGUUUGCGUAGGAGUGUUUUAUUUUCCUGUAGAUCACUCUGCACAAUUUCAACAACUCCAGCAGAGCGGUGGAUGGACCCUAUACGCUGCUGAACACAUCUGUCAGAUAUAAAGUCGUUAUUACCGGAAAACGAUCAGUCGACUUUAGAUUUGGAGCCUUUUUGUCUCUCUUUUUUUUUUUAUCAUCCCUGCUAGUGUGGAAUUAAGCAAAAGAAGAAUGUUGUACAUCUUCAUUUGAUUUUUCAAUAUUUGAGUGACUUAGUGACUGAAGUCAACUAGGACUGAGAACAGCCCUGGAUGUGACCCAAGGAUUUCAUCUUAUCUCUGAAGGGUGUUGAUGGAGAGCCAUUCGAAUGACAGCCGGGACAGUGGUCAUCACUGGUGGAAUUCUAGCUACAGUUAUAUUACUCCUUAUCAUCGCAGUAUUGUGCUACUGUAGGCUACAGUAUUAUUGCUGUAAAAAGGAGGAAUCAGAGUCGGAGGAGGAGGAGCCGGACUUUGCUGUUACGUCCCGCAUCCCGCCGGUUCACUCCAACCACAACAUUGUGGCGGCAACUGCUGCCGCCUCCUCCAUUCCUAAUGGCCCCGCCAUUUUCUCCACCCCGCCACUGGCUAGAAAAUUGACACGCUCGCAGACCUUCUGUCCAUCCUGCACACACUAUGACUUGCCUUUCUACCUUCAGCCUCCUCCUCAGCCACAGCAGCUCCCCCACCACCAGCCGGAAGGACUGAGGAAUGGUGGAGACCGCAUCAGCUACCGCAGCGUCCAGCAGCAGGAUCUGGACCUUCCAGUGCCUGUUAACAUUUCAAACUAUCGUAAGCCGAACCUGGCUCGCUCAGUGACCAUGAGGGAGAUGUUCCAGCGCAGCUGUAGCAUCAGCACUGAUGUUUAGCUGAGCAAAGGUUUUCUCUGUGACUUGGCACAGCCUCUACUGGACAGGACUUGAGUCGGGCCUUUGUUGAGUCUCACUUUAUCUUUCACCACCUGCAGAUUGGACCACACAGUUGGCUCUCAGGACAAUUUUCCUUUCUCAAACUCACAUAUUUUCAGGUCCAUGAGCUUUGGGCCAGCCCUUCAUAUUUAAAAGUGUUUAUAAAUGUCCUUGAAUGAAAUAAGCUUUGCUUUAAUUUAAGUUGUAAAGUUUGUGUUAUCCUACUACCCUUCUUCUUGACCUGAAACACUUGCAGCUUACUGCAACGCCAAAAUGAUGAUGUGCUCAGGGGGGAUUUUCUCUUUUACACAGCUGCUACAAAUGAAAUAUGACUGGGAGAAGUCUGGUGUUGUCCUAUACUAAGAAGGGAUGAUCUGUUUGUUCCUCCAUCAACAGAUUAUAGAGAUUAUCAAAUAUUAUCCAUGAAGAUUGGAGAGGAAGAGGAGGAGGGUGUUUUUACAGUUUAGGUGCCACCCGCAGAUGUUUUUGAUAGUUUUAACUUUGGACUGAAUAUCUGAAGACAUUAAGGGCUCACAGAAGAUUUGAAUACCCUCUCAUUUUUCAAAUCCUUCCAUGUUUUUACUUUAAUAGUCACUCUGAAGAUCAGCAGACAGCACAUGGUGUUUAUCCAGCAAAAGGGUGCAAGGAAAGUCUGUAUGUUCUUACAGGCAGAAAAAAUGCUGUGUUGCUGCAGAAUGUAAGUGUAUGUAAGUGUAUGGGCAUGCAUUGUGUGUUCAGUUGUUAUGACAACAUUUUCAAUUCCUUACAAUCAAACACAAGGUGUCACCCAAAUGCUUAAUGAAUGAGGAGCUGAAGGCGUGUUGCAAUAAUAUUUAAUUGUGAGAGGGAGGAGGGAACACCAUGUGUCACAGACACAUCCAUGUAGGUUAUAUGACAAACCCUAAUACUUUGUGUUUAUUUUAGUAAUCAGACAGUGUAAGACAGACUAAAGUUGGGAAGCAUUUUUCUUUUCUUGUUUCUACCUUACGUGUGAUUUCUGUUUUUUUACUGAAGCUUCAGCUUGUUCAACCUUUUGUUUUAUGUGACCACUGAUAUCCGGAUGCUUUGGCUUAAGAUUCACCCUUAAAGGCACAUGUAUCAAAUAUUUAAUAGGCCACACUUCAGUUUCUUCCCCUUUUCUCUCUCUGGAAUCAGUGGACUGAAGAAAAUGUACUCUUGCUCUAAAGUACUCUGAGAGGUCCUGUUCUGGAUUGUUUUUAUUUUCUCCACAAGGCUGACCAGACUGGCUCAAGGGCUGAUAUUCCAACUGGAAGAGCAUUUUAUGAUCCGAGGACUUACAACUGAAAUUAAACACUUCUUGAUUUCAAAGCAGUCAGCUAAGAGAAGGAUGUUUUUAGGAUCCUAAAAUCCAUUUUCUUCAUUAGAUUGCUGACACAUUUGUACCUUUCACUCUAUUUUUGUCUGUGUAGAGUUUAUUAACAAUCACUGUAAUUUAUUUAACAAAGACUGAAAAAGUGCAUCAUUUUGUUUCCCCUCUCAUAACAUGAGCAAACACAGUGCCUUCCAAAAGUAUUUAUACCCCGUUUUCCGAUUUUGUCCCUCUGCAACAAGACCAACAUAGUAUGAAUAGUAGUGCAACAUUGUAAAGAGCUUCUUAAGGUCAUGUAUGACAAUUAAUUAGUCCUAUAGAAGAAAAUAAGUAAUUAUUAAUUAAUGGGUUGUUCUUUUUAACGUUUACCAAAAUGUGUGCAUUUUGUACUGAAAACCUGCAUUAGAAAUUGGUCUUUUCGAAUAAUAUCUAAAUUUAACUUUUUGAUUGAUGACACUGUAGAUCACCCUAAACAUCAUUGCAUUGGUGAAACAAAAUGUGGGCCUAUAUCAGGCGAUACUUUUCUUCAUCUUUUUUGGAACAUGGAUAGAGUUAAACACAGCAGGAAUCCUGAAAACAAAUUUGUAAAGGCUGCCAAAGAGUUGAGACUUGAUGAUCACUUCCAGCAGGACAAAAGAAACAAAGAACUAAAACAUACAACCAGAGCGACAGUGAAGUAGAUUCCCACUGAAAUCAACCGACAAAAAAUAGGCAGCUUUAACUAUAGCUAAAAAUUGCUCCUGAGGCGAUUUAAACAGCAAGCCACACUAUUCAGUUUUUGCCAUUUAUAGCAAGUGUUGAAUUCUACUAUUAAGGAUGAUGUGUUUAGGGGGAUCCUGAUCCAGUAUUGAUAUCGUAAAUUCGCGCUGAUAUCAGCUAUGGAAAGAAUAUCAUAAUAUCUCAGUAUAUAUAAGCUUUUUCUUAUCAAUCCAGAAAAUAUCCUUUGACGUUUAUGGAUUAAAUGUAACAAACUGAAUAAGAUUUAAGAGGUAAAAUACUUUUGUAAGGCACUUAACAAUAAGCCACAGUACACCCACAUAAAUCAAAAUAUCAAGGCCAUAAACACAGCGCUCCCCUACUCCAUACUCUGAUUAUAUCUAUCACAGCUGACUGCCCAGCCUUUGCAUUUACAUUUAUUGAAAUUUUAUGUUUAUCUUACUUUAUCUAAGUCCCUUUAAACAUCAUGAGGAACAGCAUAAGACAAGCAGGUCUGAACCCCAACCUGGUCCUCUUAGAAACAGCUAUAAGUCAACAUGUGCACACAGCACACACACAGAUGCUCACUACAGUAGAUAUUGUUAAUAUCUUUGAAGCUAAAUUUGUUGGCAGUUGCACAGCAAAUGUAGUGCCAUAUGGAAGUUUGAGAGAAAUAUAUUAUCAAAAAUAUUAUUAUUAUUAGAGGUGUUUAUGAAAAUAAAUUGUGCUUUUAUGUUUGGAUAUUUAAAUUUGUUGCAUUAUUUUAUGAUCCAGCUGUUUUUUUCAGACUCAGUAUAGUACAGCAGACAUGUUUCUGUCCCUGUUUCUAAUAUAUAACUAACAGACACAUUGUUGCUAAUAAAAUUGUGUUAAAAUC